AAUGAAAUCCAAUAAUGGCCUCAUAUCUUGCGUUAUUCAAUGAUCCAAAAAGACUAUAAAAUUUUGAGUGACAAAAGAUGACCAAGAUCCCACGACUCUUCCCAUGGCUUCUUCACUGAAGCAGCUUAUCUCAAGCUUUCUACUUGUCUUGUACUACACCACCAUCAUUGUUGCUUCAUCAGAAUCUCGAUGUCGGCGUUUUAAAUCGAUCAUAAGCUUUGGUGAUUCCAUCGCCGACACCGGAAAUUAUCUCCAUCUCUCCGAUGUCAAUCAUCUUCCUCAAACCGCCUUUCUUCCUUAUGGCGAAAGCUUCUUCCAUCCUCCCUCCGGUCGUGCCUCUGAUGGCCGUCUCAUCAUUGACUUCAUUGCCGAAUUCUUGGGAUUACCAUAUGUACCGCCUUAUUUUGGAUCCCAAAACGUUAGCUUCGAACAAGGGAUCAAUUUUGCGGUGUAUGGAGCAACCGCAUUGGACCGAGCGUUUCUUGUGGGAAAAGGAAUUGAAUCUGAUUUCACCAAUGUUAGUUUAAGUGUUCAGCUUGACAUCUUCAAGCAGAUUUUGCCUAACUUAUGCGCCUCGUCUACUCGUGAUUGCAAAGAGAUUCUUGGAGACUCGUUGAUACUCAUGGGAGAGAUUGGAGGAAACGACUAUAAUUACCCAUUUUUCGAAGGAAAAAGUAUCAAUGAAAUCAAAGAGCUUGUUCCUCUAAUCAUCAAAGCUAUUUCUUCCGCAAUUGUGGAUUUGAUAGAUUUAGGGGGCAAAACAUUUUUGGUACCCGGAGGCUUCCCAGCAGGAUGUUCUGCGGCGUAUCUUACUCUAUUUCAGACCGUGGCAGAAAAAGACCACGACCCUUUCACAGGUUGUAUCCCAUGGCUCAACGAAUUUGGCGAGCACCACAACGAACAGCUAAAGACAGAACUCGAACAACUCCAAAAACUCUAUCCUCAUGUCAACAUCAUUUACGCUGACUACCACAACCCCUUAUACAGGUUUUAUCAAGAACCAGCUAAAUACGGGUUUAAGAACAGACCUUUGGCUGCUUGCUGUGGAGUCGGAGGUCAAUACAAUUUCACUAUUGGUAAAGAGUGUGGAUAUGAAGGAGUUAGCUAUUGUCAAAAUCCUUCUGAGUAUGUGAAUUGGGAUGGUUAUCAUUUAACCGAAGCCGCGUACAAGAAGAUGGCUGAGGGUAUACUCAACGGUCCUAAUGCCAUUCCUGCUUUCGAUUGGUCCUGCCUCGGCUCUGGUUCAGUGGAUAAAGAGCGUUUUAAAUCGAUCAUCAGCUUUGGUGAUUCCAUCGCCGACACCGGAAAUUAUCUCCAUCUCUCCGACGUCAAUCAUCUUCCUCAAACCGCCUUUUUUCCUUAUGGUGAAAGCUUCUUCCAUCCUCCCUCUGGUCGUGCCUCUGAUGGCCGUCUCAUCAUCGACUUCAUCGCUGAAUUCUUGGGACUACCGUAUGUUCCACCUUACUUUGGAUCCCAAAACGUUAGCUUUGAACAAGGGAUCAAUUUCGCGGUGUAUGGAGCAACCGCACUGGACCGAGCGUAUUUUGUGGGAAAAGGAAUUGAAUCUGAUUUCACCAAUGUUAGUUUAAGUGUUCAACUUGACAUCUUCAAGCAGAUUUUGCCUAACCUUUGUGCCUCGUCUUCUCGUGAUUGCAGAGAGAUGCUUGGAGACUCGCUGAUACUCAUGGGAGAGAUUGGAGGUAACGACUUUUUUUACCCAUCCUCCGAAGGCAAAAGUAUCAAUGAAACCAAACUACAGGAUUUGAUCAUCAAAGCUAUUUCUUCUGCAAUUGUGGAUUUGAUCGCUUUAGGGGGCAAAACAUUUUUGGUACCGGGAGGAUUCCCAGCAGGAUGUUCCGCAGCGUGUCUUACUCAAUAUCAGAACGCGGCAGAAGAAGACUACGACCCUUUGACAGGUUGUAUCCCACGGCUCAAUGAAUCUGGAGAGCGCGACAACGAACAACUUAAGACAGAACUCAAACGACUCCAAAAACUCUAUCCUGAUGUCAACAUCAUUUACGCUGACUACCAUAACUCCUUAUACCGGUUUUAUCAAGAACCAGCUAAAUAUGGGUUUAAGAACAGACCUUUGGCUGCUUGCUGUGGAGUGGGAGGUCGAUACAACUUCACUAUUGGUAAGGAGUGUGGAUCCGAAGGAGUUAGCUAUUGUCAAAAUCCUUCUGAGUACGUGAAUUGGGAUGGUUAUCAUUUAACAGAAGCCGCGUACCAGAAGAUGGCUGAGGGUAUACUCAACGGUCCCUAUGCAACUCCUGCUUUCGAUUGGUCCUGCCUUGGCUCUGGUUCAGUGGAUAAAGAGUAUUCUUUCAGCAGUUAGAAUUCAUUUGUUGUGAAAAAAAGAGGAAGAAAAUU